AUGAUUUGCUCACUCAUAUUCUGCUUCAUCUUUGGGGCAGUUCUGGAAGCCGAAGAAGAAUCUAGAUCUUCAUACAUAGUAGCCCAAGAGAACAAGCUUUUACAAGGCUAUGCUGUAAAGAGAAUCGAUUCUACCGAUGAAAUGUCAUGCAGUCAAGUAUGUUUAAGGCAUUCUUGGUGUACUUCUUCUAACUUUGAAGAGUCUUCAGGCAAUUGUGAACUGAACAAGCACGAGUUUUCAAUAACUGCAGAUGAUGACAUUAAGCUCACUGAUAAUACGGGCACAACGUUUUCAAUGUUUCUUAAGGUGAGUCGAAGAGAGGUUUGACAACAACGUAUGCGAUGUAAGGACUGCGUUCAAAUCAAUUUUUAGUGAACUAAUACACAUAUGGUCUGUUGGAACAGGGGCGGAUCUAGGGGGAGGGUGCAGGGGGUGCGCACCCCCCCCCCGAUAUGACCUGCGGUUUUCUAAUACAACCGGUAUUCUGCAAAAAAAAAAAAUGUGGUCUAUUGGUGUUGAAGUAGAGCAAGAGACGAGUGCACCCCCUCCUGAAAAAAAUGCUGGAUCCGCCCCUGUGGAAAAACAGUAAAGUUGAGUUUUUUUAGGAUGCAUUUAUCAAAAAUGGCAUCCAAAGCGGGGAUAUAUCUUGUAUUGGAGCCAGUCAUAUUCUGAGUCCUUUUGCUACCAGUUUCAAUCUGCGACAACUGAUUUUUUAAUGUUAUUGACGGCUAUGUAUUCUUGCCUUCAAUUGGUUUCCUUGUUUUUUAAUUACAGUUAAGAAAAAUGUGCAGUGAAAAAAAGGAGAGUCCGUCGAACAUUGAAUUUAUAGAAAUCGUAUUUUGGUUUCUAAGUUCAAAGUAUAUAUUGUACAGAUAUGAUUUCACAGGUUCCAGAGGAGUUUCGUGUGAAUAAAACGAAUUACUUACCUUGAAAAAUGUCUAUACCUGUCGCUUAGCACGAUUAAUUAGCCCAAUGGGAACUUUAUAAAUCUACUGUAAACGAUUUCUUCGCUUCUUAUCUGACCCAGAUCGACUUUUGAAAAUCGAUAACCGCAAGCCAUAUCCUCGCUGGCGCACGGCACGUCGCCCGAAGGGCGACCGAACAUACUGUAAGCCGAUCUUGCGAGCCCUCAGUCUCUUGGUUUGCGGUCUAUAGAAUGUGUAACGAAACCGUAACGCGAUCAAAAUAACCCAUUUUUUCAGAGGUUUUCGACGGGUUUUGAUGUUCUAACGACAAACACAUCUCCUCUGGACCCUGUGAUGAUUUGCACUGCGCCUUAAUCUUGAGAGAUCCGUACGCACUGCAAGGAUAACAUGAAUUUGAACGUUUUUGCCCUAAAACAUUUGCUGCAGGAAGUCGAUGGAAAAAAACUUUUGUUCACCCAAGUAAAAUGUGAUUUUCUGCAGGGUUGUCUGAUGGCUGGAUGCCUCAACGGAGGUUCUUGUUUGUUCGACAAAGAAAAAGACGCUUUCGCUUGCUCCUGCAAUCCGCAGUGGAGUGGGGGAAAAUGUGAACUAGGUAAAUUCUUAUUUUUUUCUCCCUUAUAAUAAAUAUACGAUAGUGAAAGAGGUGUACUGUUUGAAUCAAUUGUCUGUAUCUGGCAAAUAUUUCAGUGGUACAAAAAAAGUUAGACUGUUGGCAGAUUGCCAAUAUAAUGAACCUUCUACUCUGUGUGAAAAGUAUGUAAUAUUUGGCGUUUAGUUUUAAUUUCCUAGCCUCGUCAAAUGUGGAUCGGCCUGGGAUUAGAGUGAUUAGGGUCUGUUAAAAGGGAAAAAAAGCAAAUAAUGGUGUGAAGAGCCUGCUAUAUGCUGGUCCCAUGUAUGGUUGUUGCCAGUUUCAAUUUUCGGUUUGCCAUCUUGUGUUCCAUCUUGUAGUCCAGCCAACAUCUUUCGCGAGUUUCUUCAUUUGAUAUACUACCCGGGAUGGAAUAAUUAUAAUCUGUUUUUGUAGACAUUGACGAAUGCACAAAAAAUACCCACAAGUGCGGUGCCAAUGCUUACUGCAAUAAUACCAAAGGAGGAUACAACUGCUCUUGUCAUCCGGGAUAUUACGGAGAUGGAAAGAAUUGUGAACCAGGUGCGACAGACAACUAUGUAAGCAGACAAUACCGUUAAGUCACUCAGUGCCAAAAGUACAAUUUACUUGGCCAUUAUUCCUUGACGGUUAAACGGCGGCAUUUUUAUAUAUAGACAAGAGCAAUAAUGGGUCUUGAAAUAGAAUAUGGACACACAUAUAACUGAAGACAGUCGUAGGUCUUCUUUUCAAACGGAAAAUGGUUGGGAAGGUAUUUUUAAUAUUAAAGGUAUCUUUUUAAAAGAAUCAUGCUGAAAUUUUAAAUAAAACAAACUAAACGAGAAUAAAAUUUUGUGACCAUAAGAGAGAAACCAAUUCCCGUCGCUAUGAGCUGGUCUUUAUUUUGAUUAAGAAGACUACUUUUUUCUUCUCAUCGUUUCUUGUAAUAUCGUUUAUUAAUAAUGCCAAUUUAAGCACUAAAGCACACGUACCAACUCCGCGAUUUUCCGCGGUAUGGCCAUUACCUUACACAUGCGCACAAGCAUACCCUGGCAGUGGCAGCCGCAUGGACGGCUGUUUCGCCCUUAUUGGGUGCCGGGAUAUACGCCGAUUAUUAUGCCCGGCUAGACCAAAAGCGUGUUAAGGGAAGUCGCUAGAUUGUGUAGUUUGGGUCAGUUCUGUAUGGCAGUAAUUCGGUUCAAUCGGUUACUUUAAUGUGAAUAAUUAGACUGUACAGGUCCCUAAUAAUGCUUGUUUUCUUCAAGCUUUAUAUGACAACUCUGAUCUAUUAAUUACCCCCUUGUUUAUUUUGUUGUACAGUUUCAUCGUGUAAGGAUCUUUUUGACAAGAAAAUGUGAGUAAAAAUUACAAAGUUUAUUUUUUAGGCUCUUAAAAUAACGAAAUAUGUCGGUGCCGUUGAAUGCGCCCGAACUGUGCUUGUUUUGCCCGUGAGAUCCAAAUAUAAGUGAUUUAUCAGCUGUCAUUAUGUUAUUUCGAUUGCAACUGUUCGAAGUUCUUCCUGGCAAAUGCGAUGAUGGUGGUAUCGCAAGUAAACAUUCAGCUUAGCUACCUUCAGUGCAGUCAGUACGUAUAAUUAUAUUUGAGCUAAAUGAGUCCCACAGCAGCUACUCUCUUACGCAGUUCUUGUGUCUUGUGCUCUUGAUUCUUCCUGCGAUGCGCGAUAGUUAGGAGCUGGAAAAAUUAAAAUGAUAUUUCAUUUUGUACAGGUUGAACGUGACUCAGUUGAUCACUCUCCUCCUUGACUCAAAACUAGUUUCAGUUCUCUGUCACUUUGGAAAUUUUGGAUGCGGAGAUGGAGGAUGGACACCGGUCAUGAAGAUGGACGGCAACAAGGUAAGACAUUUGUGUACGUAUUCCCUUAGUUUGCGACGAGAGUGGAAAAAAAAAUGCAGGUUUGCCUCUUUCAGCGGUAAUUUUCAUUCCUCCCACCCUGUGAAUACAGCCGAGUCUCCUCGGUCCUCGUCGCUAGGGACGUCUCAUCAGGAGGAACGUCUGCACCUCAGCGACAGAAAUUUCAUACUAAUGACGUAAAAUUGUAAAAUUUUCUGGGGGAGCAUAACCCCAGCCUCCGAGUUUGAAGCGCCUUCGGUGCUCUUACUUUUCUUCUCGUUGGUACAUGCUAAGUCCCUGGAUCUGAAAGAUUUAAGUAUUAAGAACGCCUUUAAGCUUCUGGAAUAUCUCGGUCAGUAGCAAAGUCAUCCGCCCUUCCUGUCAGACGAUGUGAAGGUUUCAUAAAAAACGGAAGCCUUGUCUCUGUACUUGCCGAUACGCGAGAGUUAAAGAUAAAUAUAUUCAAUUCGGUAUUUUUCAAUCCUAUCAAUUACCAACUAAUGAUUACGGAGUGCAGUAUUUCUUUACUUUUUAUUCUAUUGCUGACCAUUAACGCCAUUUCGCCUGAUUUGGCUAAUUUCAUUUUAUAAAGCUGGAGAAACAAGGACGUUAUAGAUAUUCUUUUCAUUGUAAUUGAUCUUCCAUUGCAAAUUGUGUUUUUUUUCUUCUCCGGGAAGGAUGUCGUCUUUAAAAGAAAAAAUAAAUCUUUGAAGUUUUCUUCUUAAAGGACAAUUUCUCUAUUUCUUUCCUCCUUUGUACCACAGAAAACGUUUCACUACAAGAGUGCUUUUUGGAGCAACAAAGAAACCUUCAACCUUGACGGAGAGAAGACUGGGUUUGACUCACAGGAGACCAAACUUCCCUCCUACUGGAACACUUCCUUCACCAAGAUCUGCCUCGGUAUGAACAUCAAUGACAACCAGUCCAAGUUUAUUGUUAUCAACAAGCAGGCGAACUCCUUGUACUCUCUGAUCGCUGAUGGGCAGUACCGCAGAACCUCACUUGGUCGUGACACAUGGAAAUCACUGAUUGGUUCUGAGGCCUCCUUGCAGUCCAAAUGUAACAAGGAAGGAUUCAAUGCUGUUAGUGCGAUUUCUAAAUAUUCCAAAGCCAGGAUCGGUAUCCUUGGUGACCACACCAACUCUUGCAAUACCUGUAACUCUAGAAUUGGGUUUGGUACUGGAGGAUUACAUGAUGAUACCAACUCAUGCGGAAACGAGGGUGGCGGGAAGCACAUCAAGGCAAUGGGAUAUAUUUUGGUGCAGUAA